CAUCUACCGCCAUCGCCUCGGUCUUAUCUCCUUGUUUCACUGCACAUUAAUUCCUUCUGACCAUUCUCUCCGUAUAAAUUAUCUCUCAGUGCCAAGUGGGAUCUUUAUCUGUCCCGGGGAAUUCAGGGACUUACUUCAUGGAGCCAGAAAUUGACCCAGCCUCCCUCUUCCGGCCGGGCAAGAGGCGGAAGUUCCAGCGACGCCGGCCAGAGGACAACGACGAGGAAUCGCCUUCUGCGACAGAAGAUGUUGCUCGUGUUUCAGAAUCAUCUACACCUCCGUCCUGGCAGGAUGCCCCAAGCUCUGUCCCCACAGCAGAGAUUCUUCGUUCGCGACGGCUUCAGCGAGCUCGAAAGGGUGGCAUCGAAUUCUCCGCCACCUCGCGGCCACUGGCCGGUAAGAAUAGUCAAACGGCCGUUUCAACCGUGGCGGAGGAGGAUCAAGAAAAUGAAAGAUUGCGAGCAAUGUGCGAUCGAUUCACGGCCCAUACUGGCCAAACAGUUGAUGUUGACAAGCAUAUGAUGGAUUUUAUAGAGUCUGAAAUGGCUAAGCGAUACCGGCGCGAUAAUUCGACCGAAGUUGCGAUGCAUGAUACACCUUCGGCGACUGAACCGAAAGCGGCUGCUCUGUCUUCUGCUGACCUUCCCCAACGCGAACCGGCGUCUCUUGGGAAACUGCACGAAAUUGAUCUUGGUCACGAGACUACGUUGCAGAAUAUUGCCCGUACAGAGGCAGCGACGAAGAGACUCGCCGGGGAUGGCGAUCCAAGCCCUCCCACCGAGCAGAGCUCCGGGCCCAAGAUGGCCCCGGCAAAUGGGGACCAGAAGACGUGGCGCAAUCGGAAACGACGGACGAGUGAAGACAUCGAACGAGAUCGACUGGUGGAGGAAGUAUUACGGGAAAGCAAAUUGGAUGUCUACGAGGGGCCAGAAGAGGAAGGUGACGAAGCAGUGGGUGAGGAUGGGCAAGCGGCCGAUGAUAGGGUGGCAGAGCAGUUCAGAAGGGACUUUCUCGAUGCCAUUCAAUCCCGGCGUCGUGUUGCGCGAGCAAGGAAUACAAAGACAACCAAGCCUGAGGCUCCGCGCGGGCCCAAAUUGGGAGGCAGUAGAAGUGCCAGAGCAGCGAUGCGGGAGAUGCAAGAGAAGUCUACCCGUAAAUGAGACAUUGAACGUUGAGGGAGUUAGUAUAUAUAGAAUUCCCAGGAAAUACAUUUGGGAAGCUAAAAGACUUGAGGCGGGGCCAAUUGGUAUUUUAUCUUAUCUUUACUUCUCACUAAUAUGAAUCAAG